ACACCAUCUCUCGGACCGAGGAAGUAGCGAAAUCAUAUUCAGGCCAGAGACAUGUUCCAGUGCUCUGUUCCUGAAGAACGAGAAGAUGUCGCCGCUCAAAGUCAUCGUUAUCGGCGGAGGUUUCGCCGGCAUGGUCUGCGCCCGAGUCCUGCGAGAACAUCAUGAUGUGACGAUUCUUGAACGGGUCCCUCACCCCCAUAUGCAUGGCAGUGGGGUCAACCUUGGCCCUACUGCCAUCAGGAUCCUCACUUCGCUAGGCUUUUCCCGGGAGCGAGCCAAGUCGACAGUUAUCGAGAGGUUUAGGCGAUUUGACCGACUUGGCGGUGUAUUCCAGGACGACGAUAUGCAUCCGAUUGCAGAGAAGGUUGGGGCGCCUUGGUACACGCAACUGUGGGUUGACGGGUGGAAUGAAUUGAUGCGACUUGCAACAGCGCCAUCCGAUGAACUGGGAAUCUCGGGGAAGCAACCGACAUUUAUCUGGGGGGCUAAGGUAGUGGACGCUGACAUCGAGAAGGGAGAGGUGCUAGUGGCAGACGGGAGGAAAUUCCAAGGAGAUCUCAUAAUUGGUGCCGAUGGAGUUAACUCCGCGAUUCGGAGGUUGGUCGUCGACCAGGAGCAUCUUGCUAGGGCUUGGCCUACAGGGACUUCCGCAUUCCGGCUCACUAUCAUGGCGAGUGAAGUGAACGCUGCUAUAGGAAAGACGCGUAUCAUGGAUCCGGACCGGCCCCCGUCUGUCGACCUUUAUCUGGCCGGUGAUGGCAGUCGAAGGGGCAUCAUCAUGUAUCCAUGUCGCCAAUAUGAAGUAUUGAAUAUCAACUGCAUUGCCCCCGACAGUAUGGUCCGCUGGCCAGCAGAAGCUUCCCCAAAUAUGCCGGCCGAUUUGAAAAAUCUCACUGAAAUCUUUUCCGACUUUGGAUUCACCUGCAAAUCUUUAUUAGGGUACGAAUGAAUAUAUCAAUGAACUGGGCGGAAACAGGAUAGAUCUAAUUGAUAGGCGAGACAGGGCGGCAAAAAGUGCCAGACUUUACCAACUAAGAGACGAAGACCCUUUACCCACUUACACCAGGGGCUGUGCCCUGCUCGUGGGAGAUGCGGCACACGCAAUGACACCGCACCAGGGCCAAGCAAGCAGCCAGUCUAUUGAGGAUGCGGAGGCCCUCAGACUCUUCUGUAAGGACGACAUGGACGUAUCGUCGAUCCAAGAUAUCCUGAGGACCAUCGACAGUGUGCGUCGGCCACGGGCUUCACAUAUUCAAAGACAUUCGCGGGCUGGGAUACGCUCUUCGGAGCACAUGGGACUCCUCAGGCAUAUGCUGUAUAACUGGCAGUACCCCGGGAUCGAAGAGUGCGUGAGGAGGAUGAAGGAGGGGGAGGACAUGUUUGAAAUAACCAACCCCUUCCAGCUGCAUUGGAUUACACCGUCAUGAGUCGAUAUGUCAGCCAUGAGACAUCGGGGUCUGGAAAAGCUGGCCGAUGACCCAUGCGGGCGAUGCAUCGUUAGAAUAGAUAUAUCUGAUGUGAUAAUGAGCAAGAGUGGCA